UGCUUCUGAGCCACCUUGCAUUGCCCCUCAACAGUGGGUGAGGCUUUCGUUGUUAUUUUUUCUUGCUGCCAGAUGAAACAAGAAAUUGGAUAGACGCAUUAUGGUAGUGGCAGGUGGUAAUGUCUGUCACUCUGAAGACAAAAAUCUUUCUCUCAAUAGAGAUUUGAAGGGAUUUUAAAAUCCCUUUUGAAAAAAAAACAAACAACUUUAAAAGCUGUUGCUUAAUUUGGGCUGAAACACAAUUUUCUAAAACCCUAUUUCUUGAGAUGGCAAGAAGUUUUUUAAAACUAAUAUUUUAGCACUUUAUGAGUCAAACUCUCAAAAUGUGAAAUGCAGCUCUUAUUUAAAAUUGUUUUCACGGAAAUUUUAUUUUGGAAUAACCAUACUGGAAUUGUGGCUGCUAAAAAUUGCCUAAACCCUUGUCGUACCUUUUUCCGUACACCUGUUGAGGAGCAGAAGGUGGACUGGCUACCACCUACCCCAAGUCGCUCUGCCAGAAGGUGUGGCUGAGUGUCUGCAGCCCCAGUGAAAGCCGCAGUCCACGGGGCCCGCGCUCUCGUCAUGCGGGGAGGGGAAGGAAAGUACAUGUCUUCUAAAUGCACUACUACCUCUGACAGUGUAUGUCUGCCCUGUGGCCCGGAUGAAUACUUGGAUACCUGGAAUGAGGAAGAUAAAUGCUUGCUGCAUAAAGUUUGUGAUACAGGCAAGGCCCUGGUGGCCGUGGACGCCGGCAACAGCACGGCCCCCCGGCGCUGCGCCUGCACGGCUGGGUACCACUGGAGCCAGGACUGCGAGUGCUGCCGCCGCAACACCGAGUGCGCGCCGGGCCUGGGCGCCCAGCACCCGUUGCAGCUCAACAAGGACACGGUGUGCAAACCUUGCCUUGCAGGCUACUUCUCAGACGCCUUCUCCUCCACGGACAAAUGCAGACCCUGGACCAACUGUACCUCCCUUGGAAAGACGGUAGAACAUCAUGGGACGGAGAAAUCCGAUGUGGUUUGCAGUUCUUCUCUGCCAUCUAGAAAACCACCAAAUGAACCCCAGGUUUACUUGCCCGGUUUAAUAAUUCUGCUUCUUUUCACGUCUGUGGCCCUAGUGGCUGCCAUCAUCUUUGGCGUUUGCUAUAGGAAAAAAGGGAAAGCACUCACAGCUAAUUUGUGGCACUGGAUCAAUGAGGCUUGUGGCCGCCUAAGUGGAGAUAAGGAGUCCUCAGGCGACAGUUGUGUCAGUCCACACACGGCAGCCUUUGGUCAGCAGGGAGUGUGUGAAGGUGUCUUACUGCUGACUCUGGAGGAGAAGACAUUUCCAGAAGAUACGUGCUACCCAGAUCAAGGUGGUGUCUGUCAGGGAACGUGUGUAGGAGGUGGUCCCUACGCACAAGGCGAAGAUGCCAGGAUACUCUCAUUGGUCAGCGAGACCGAGACAGAGGAAGACCGCUUCAGACAGAUGCCCACGGAAGAUGAAUACAUGGACAGGCCCUCCCAGCCCACAGACCGUUUACUGUUCCUCACUGAGCCUGGAAGCAAAUCCACACCUCCUUUCUCUGAACCCCUGGAGGUAGGGGAGAAUGACAGCUUAAGCCAGUGCUUCACAGGGACACAGAGCACAGUGGGUUCAGAAAGCUGCAGCUGCACUGAGCCCCUGUGCGGGACUGAUUGGAUUCCCAUGUCCUCUGAAAACUACUUACAAAAAGAGGUGGACGGUGGCCAUUGCCCGCACUGGGCAGCCAGUCCCAGCCCUAACUGGGCAGAUGUCUGCACAGGCUGCCGGAACCCUCCUGGGGAGGACUGUGAACCCCUCGUGGGUUCCCCGAAACGCGGACCCUUGCCCCAGUGUGCCUAUGGCAUGGGCCUUCCCCAUGAAGAAGCAGCCGGCAGGACAGAGGCCAGAGACCAGCCCGAGAACGGGACUGAUGGGAGGCUCCCAAGCUCGGCAAGGGCAGGCGCCGGGUCUGGAAGCUCCCCUGGUGGCCAGGCCCCUGCAUCUGGAAAUGUGACUGGAAACAGUAACUCCACGUUCAUCUCCAGCGGGCAGGUGAUGAACUUCAAGGGCGACAUCAUUGUGGUCUACGUCAGCCAGACCUCGCAGGAGGGCGCUGCGGCGGCGGCGGAGCCCGUGGGCCGCCCGGUGCAGGAGGAGACCCUGGCGCGCCGCGACUCCUUCGCGGGGAACGGCCCGCGCUUCCCGGACCCGUGCGGCGGCCCCGAGGGGCUGCGGGAGCCGGAGAAGGCCUCGCGGCCGGUGCAGGAGGAGGGCGGGGCCAAGGCUUGAGCGCCCCCCAUGGCCCCAGCGCCGACCAGCGCCGACCACCCAGGGAUCGAUCGGUACAGUCGAAGAAGACCACCGGGCGUUCUCCGCCCACCUUGCCCUCCAGGAAAUGGGCUUUUCAGCAAGUGAAUUGAUGAGGACUCUCCCCAGGCCCACGGAUGCUCAGCAGCUCCCCUGCACUGGGGCAGAUGCCUCCCCUGCCACCCCUCAAACUCGCAGCAGUAAUUUGUGGCACUAUGACAGCUAUUUUUAUGACUAUCCUGUUCUGUGGGGGGGGAGGGUCUGUGUUUUCCCCCCAUAUUUGUAUUCCUUUUCAUAACUUUUCUUGAUAUCUUUUCCCCCUCUUUUUUAAUUUAAAGGUUUUCUCAAAAAUUAUCCUAAAGGUGAGGGUCUCUUUCUUUUCUUUUGCGUUUUUUUUUGUUUUUGUGUUUUUGUUUUUGUUUUUGUUUUUGUUUUUGUUUUUG